AUGCCGGGGCCCACGCUCUUCCUGCUGCUGGUGUUGCCACCGCCGCUGCUGAGCUUGGGGAGCUUCCAGCACAGUGGUCCAGGCUGGAAAGACCUCCACCACCUCAGUUUGGACUGGGGGAAGCUCUAUCGCCACCUCAUCCAGAACUCGGGAAGCUUCCAGCACCGCCAGGGCCCCAGCACCUGGCAUCGGAAGGGCCGGUCAAGAGAAGACAAGAAUUCCUGCCACAGCUCAUUCGACCUCUACUUCAUCUUGGACAUGUCAGGCAGUGUGAACAACAACUGGAUGAACAUUUAUUCCUUUGUGGAGGAUUUGGUCAAGAAGUUUGAAAACCCUAACCUGCGGAUGUCCUUCAUCACCUUCUCCACAGAGGGUCACACCGUCAUGAAGCUUACUUCAGACAGACCCCGCCCUCCACUCAUCCUGUCCUCCCAGCCCUCUUCACUUUUCUUAGAACUGGCUCACUGUGAGGACUCCUGGGAUCUGGAGGAGCAGGCUGACAAGGCUCGGCAAAUGGGAGCGACAGUAUACUGCGUGGGUGUAAAAAACUUUGAGGAACAUCAGUUAAUGGAAAUUGCAGACAGCCCAUAUCACGUGUUUGCAGUGAGCCAAGGAUUCAAGGCUCUUAAAGACAUCGUUGAUCCACUCGAAACUAAGUCCUGUAUUGAAAUUACUUCUGUGGAGCCUUCCGAUAUCUGUGUAGGAGAUGAAUAUGAAUUGACGAUUUCUGGGAAAGGUUUUAAUAAUGCAAAGAAUGAGGAUGAAGUUAUUUGUAGAUUUAAAUUCAAAGACAAGCUAAUCGAUGAAAAAGCCAGCUCUGUGAAAGAUACCAGUGUGAUAUGCCCAGGAAUAAAGAUAGAGAGUCCAGAUGAGGCUUUCUCCCUGGAAAUUAGCCUGAACAAUGGUAUCAGCUUCAUCAACAAUGAUGUUAGCCUCACCAGCAAGGACUGUGCGAGUACCAGGGCAGGGGGGCCAGCUAAAGAUACGACUACCCCACCAGCUCCCUCAGCAGCUGCCCAGCCGCCUCCAGAGACGCCACCCGCGCCGCCCACGCCGCCUGCCUCGCCCGCACCUCCCGCACCGCCCGCGCCGCCCGCGCAAGUCAUCCCCUAUGUCAACCCUCUCUACCUCUUCGCACUCAUCCCAGCCCUGCUCCUAUUGUCCCUGAUGUUCUGCUGCGUCUGGUGGCUAUGCCACAGGAGGACCGUCAAGGAGCCACCGCCAGUGCUGAAUCCAGAAAGGGGAAAGUGCGUCAACUUUGCCCUAAUGAGGCCGCACUGUGGGCCACUGCACUGCGGCCCUAAGGCCUGCAUUCAGCCCAGCCGGGAGUGCUUCACCAUCAACAACUGCUGCUCACGGUUCCAGCACUCCCCAUCCAUGUGCUCCAGGCCACCCUCCAGAAUGCAGCCGUUCAUCUCCACCCCUGCCCGGACAGCCAACAGAGCCACUUUGUCACUCCAGCCCCCAUAG